AUGUUUCGCAACCGUUAUGCCUCUUAUAAUUAUCAACAAAAUUAUAUAAGAUAUCCACAUUGUAACAAUAAAGAAACUGAAAUACAAGAUAAAGAAGCAAAUAAUUAUGAAAUGGAUUAUAAAAUGCCAAUUGAUAUAGAUACUGAUAAUGAAGACUCAAAUGAAGACUUUUUAAAUUAUAAUGAAGAAUUAUUUGAUUUUGAUGAUUAA